CAGAUCUUAAAACUACUCAUUGGAUUUUGCUGUCUUGUUGUGCUUUCGGGUUCCAUUAAUGAAUGCUGAUAAGAUAACAAUGGUUAUAAAAUAAGCUAGCUAUUUAAGUUCCCCCACAGGGGAGGCAAUAACAGAAAGCUUUCCGACAUCUCACAGAUCCCAUCAACAGGUAGUGUUGUGAUCUUUUAAAAUGUGUAGUUGCAUACUUUAUUUUCCCUGAUGUUGAUACUAAUUAAAACGUUUUAGUUUACCAACUCACUGUUCUUCAUUCUAGGAUGAUCUCUAUCCUUUUGUUCGCGUGGGUUGCCUGCCUGGCACAAUCCAAUGAGUUCGCAUCGUACUCCCCAGCCGUCGGAUCAGGGCUUGGAACUCCCUUCUUGUCCUCAGGAGAGGGAAUCAUCACAGGCGUGAAAGUCUGGGAGGUCCCUAAUAGCCACAUUGCUGGCAUCCAGUUGCGUCAUGACACCAACUGGGGCGUUCUUCUUGGUCUCGUCAGCCCCAAUGAACUAAGCAUUGACCUAUUUGAAGGAGAGACCAUUACUCAGGUGUCUGGUAAAUUCAACCCAAAGGACCUGAUUUGUCAGUUGAUUUUUGAGACUAGCAUGGGACGUGCUCUUAUCGCAGGCCAGCCAAUACAGGUAUCCUUUAACUUUUACCCCCAGCAUAUGGAGGAGGAGCUUCGGAUGCUAAGUGGGACGUUUGAUACCAUUGGGAUCACAUCACUGGGAGCCCAUUGGGGGAUAGUGGGCACAAACCAAACGUUUAAAAUGAGUACUACUGAACUACACGUUUAAAAGUACAUUAGACUUUUGAGUUUGUAUGAUUUCCCAAUUAGCAAAAGAGCAUUAUAAGCAUAUUCCGAUUGUUGUUUCUGCAAAGUGAUUGGAAUGAACACAUGAGUUGUGAGGUGGAUGUGGUUUGACCACUUUAAUAAUGUUGGCAGUAAUGGUUAAGGCUGCAUUUUUACUUUGCAAACUAAAACUUAUCUACAACUCAUUUGAUCCAACACUCGUCCAUUAAUCACCUUUGCCUUCAAUGGUCAAUCCUUGUGGGUGAGAUCUGCUUCUGCUCCAAAAGAAAUGUGAACACAGCAUUUAUUAAAAAAUGUCUUCACUACAUUCACUCUUUUUUACAUUUCGUAAAAAAAUAAUCUUUUAAUGAUUGCUAUGAAGAAAAUGUGGUCCUUCCUUUGCAAAGCACUAUGAAGGGCCUCAUGUUUGAUCUGUGGUUUAUAAUAAACUUGCCCUGCCUAACUGAA